AUGCUGGCUUGCUAUGUGUUCUGCCAUUGUUGCAAUCAGCUUACAAGAUCAUGCUUGGAGAGCCGACUUGAAGAUUUCAGCAUGUGGUCUGUUACUGCGAUAAUCACUGCCACGCUUUUCGCGCAGGUGGCAAUAGGUCAACCUCCGAAUGACUCCCACUUUUCAGAUGUCGAUAUCGACACUGUGGCUUCAGGGAUCUUUGGCAACCGAGGACCAUCCACCAAACCAACAUCGCGUUGCAAAGCCUUCCCCGGAGAAACCGCGUGGCCAUCUGUUUCGGAUUGGGCCAGUUUAAAUCGCACUCUAGGUGGGGUUUUGCUCAACCCUUCCCCCCCAGCCUCGGUGUGCUAUCCGACUUCAGCAAGCUUCAACACCACGGCAUGCAACUUUUUGUUUAAUGGUGCUAGUCAAAGCACUUUCUGGUUUGAUGAUCCGGUCACUGUUCAAGGGACCUGGCCUCAGGGUUUGACAUGCCCCCUCGUGAGGAACCCUCAAGCUAAUGCCACCUGUACGAGGGGAGGUUAUCCUGUUUACGUGGUCAAUGCUACACAACCAAAACAUGUUCAGUCAGCGGUGAAUUUUGCAAGAGAAAAGAACGUUCGGCUGAUAAUCAAGUAUGUUUACUUGGCCGUCCUGCAUCUGUAUUAUAAGCAACCCGGAGGACGUUACCGAGGUCCUGCUGCGUGGGUUGGCGCUGGACUACAGGUCUAUGACGCGUUUAGAUAUGCACUGGCGCACAACAUCACUCUACCUGCUGCUUCUUGUCUUACCAUUGGGUCUUACGGAGGUUGGAUAUCGGGUGGAGGCCACUCCCCUUUAUCAUCCAAGUAUGGCCUAGGAGUAGACCAGGUUUUGGAGCUCAAGGUUGUGACAGCCGACGGAAAAUAUGUUACGGCAAACCCGACCAAAAACGAGGAUCUGUUCUUUGCUUUCCGAGGUGGUGGAGGCAUGAUAACCUCGGCCAUUGUGAAAGCCCAUCCUGCCAUCAAUCUGACCAUCGCGUCCUUCAACUUCAAUCUUGGCAACACACCUUCUUCGAGCCCCUCCUCAAAUCCAACCAUUACCAACAGCACUGCAUUUUGGCUAGGCUUCAACGCUAUCUUUGCUUUUGCAAUUCCUGUUGUAGAUGCAGGGGGUUAUCUCUGGACAAAUGGACUGCCUUCUGGUCCUGGCUUCGCCAUGCAAGUCCAGGUGCAGAUGCCGGGCUUGUCUCCAGGUGAAGCACUUGCUUUUACUCAACCUCUUCUGGAUGAGCUGAACGGCCUUGGAAUACCUGUUGCAAACAUCACCGUCCGCACCCAGGUUUACAGCAGCCAAUCGUCGACCGGAGCAGGCGGUGCUCCAGGUGCAGGUGGAUAUUUUGCUUCUCGUCUGUUCCCGCGGGCGGCAUACGUUGAUCCUGUCCUAUUCUCCAAAGCCAUGAACGCCUCACGAGUACUGGUUGAAGCGGGGUAUACGUUUCAUGGACUCAACAUGGCUCCCACGCUCGAAGCAGCAGGCCACCCUUACCCAGCAGGCGUCAACCCCGUAUGGAGAGAAAGUGUCAUGCACGCUGACAUAUUCGGAUUCAGCAAGCUCAAUCUUGGAACAGCCACUGAUCAGCAGGUCAUUGCAGCCCAGCUUGCUCUGACACAACUGAUGGAGCCCCUCAAGGAGGCAACGCCAGGGGGAGGGAGCUACCUCAACGAAGGGGAUCCUCAUGAGCCGAACUGGCAACAGUCAUUCUAUGGGGACAAUUAUUCAAAGCUUGUUAGGGUGAAGAAGACUCGAGAUCCUUGGGGUGUAUUUUGGGCGCCGACCACCCCGGGAAGUGAAGAGUGGAAGAUUGAGGGAGAAGGGGGGCUUUUGUGGAGGCAGAGUGGUCGACUUUGUAGGGUGUAA